GGUGGUGCAGCCGCGUCCCGGAAGCGGCGGAGGAGCGAUGGCGGCGGACGGGAGGGCGGCGGCGGCGGCCGUGGAGGAGCUGCAGCCGCAGCCGGAGGGGGACGUGGAGGGCGGCGGCAGCGAGCCGGAGGGCGGCUUCGGGCAGCUGCCGGAAGAGGAGGAGGAUGGGGAAGAUGCCGGCUAUGUGCUGUACAGGGACAGGAAGGAAUGGGCUGAUAUUGAACCUGUUCCUCAAAAUGAUGGGCCAAACCCUGUUGUUCAGAUCAUCUACAGUGAAAAAUUCCGAGAUGUCUAUGAUUAUUUCCGGGCUGUUCUGCAGCGGGAUGAGAGAAGUGAAAGAGCUUUCAAGUUAACAGCAGAUGCCAUUGAGUUAAACGCUGCAAACUACACAGUAUGGCAUUUCCGAAGAGUCCUCCUCCAGUCUUUGGGAAAGGAUCUCCAUGAGGAACUUAAGUACAUUACAGCUAUCAUUGAAGAUCAGCCAAAGAACUACCAAGUCUGGCAUCACAGACGGGUGCUGGUUGAGUGGCUGCAGGAUCCAUCCCAAGAGCUUGAGUUCAUAGCUGACAUUCUUAACCAAGAUGCCAAAAAUUACCAUGCCUGGCAACACAGACAAUGGGUUAUUCAGGAGUUCAAAUUAUGGGACAAUGAACUGGACUAUGUGGACCAGCUUUUGAGAGAAGAUGUGAGAAACAAUUCUGUUUGGAACCAACGGCACUUUGUCAUUUUCAACACCACUGGCUAUGAUGACCCAGCAGUCCUAGACAGAGAAGUCCGGUACACUCUUGAGAUGAUCACAGCAGUGCCACAUAACGAGAGUGCUUGGAACUACUUAAAAGGGAUUCUGCAGGAUCGUGGUCUUUCUAAGUAUCCAAAUCUGCUGGAGGAACUGUUGAAUUUACAGCCCAGUCACAGUUCACCCUAUCUGAUUGCCUUUCUUGUGGACAUAUAUGAAGAUAUGCUAGAAAACCAGUGUGAUAACAAGGAAGAAACACUGAACAAGGCAUUGGAGUUGUGUGAAAUUCUGGCUAAAGAAAAAGACACCAUCCGAAAAGAGUACUGGAGAUACAUUGGAAGGUCCCUUAAGAGCAAGCACAGUUCAGGCACUGAACAGAGCAGCACACUGACGGAUAAAGAGCAGUAACUGAAGAUACAAGAAAACAGUGUUAAGCUCUCAAGUUGUUCCAAAGCUGUACGAAGUAGGGUCAUCAACAAGUUCAAAAUCCAUUUGUAGGUAUUGCAAUGAAAGAGGAAUGCAGACUGCUGCAUAGUCCUGAGUUGCUGCUGCUACUUGACUAGCUGCAGUCAAGAAAUGUAAAAAGGCUUUAUUAUUGAAAUGUACCAAGUAAAGUUUUUAGUUCCUAACUAAAAAUACAUAAAGCUAUACCUGUUACAUUGACAGUGCUCAGUUAACGGUUGGCCUUGAUCUUAGAGGUAUUUUCCAACAUAAGUUACUCUACAACUUGUGAAGCACUAAAACCAUAUCUCAUAUCAUGGCUUACCCACUUGUGGUUCCUAACACUGUCUCAUGAGUUUGCUGCAGUAGUGACUGCAGGUAACUUAACUAUAGGGGAUAUUGAGUAACUGGUUAGUGCAAGUAGGCACUGCAGCUGUUGCCUUAUGUAGGAACAGUUGUCUAACACUGUCAGCCUAUGCUGUUGUAUGCAAACUAACACCAAGUGUAAUUUUGUAAUAAAAAUAGAUAACUUAGCAUUUGUCUGAAUGUUUUUAAUGUGUUUCUUUUGGUCCUUGUAAGUGCAUAGUUUGUUUUUUUCAAACACUAAUAGAGGUGAAAUAUCCCCUUGUGUAAGUAUUGGGUUCUGUUGCAUUGAGAUGUCUUUUGCACUGGAGUAUUCUUAUCCCAGAAACUUUUGGUACACCUGAUAUAUUCAGUGGAGCCCUGAAUUCUUCCCUGCCCAGGCAAAAUGCUUUGAGGAUCCUGGGGGAGGUGUAUAUCUGCACCAGAAAACUGCAUCUACCUUGGUUUUCAGCAAAUGGUUAUUGUAAACUGUGUUCUUAUGGAGUGGGAGUGUUUGUCUGAUAUGAAAUAUUUUAUUGGAAAUGAUCAUAGAGGGAACAAACAAAUGCUGGUGUUUAUUCCAUAAUAUGCAGUCUUUCUGACACUAAACAUUAAAAGGUGUUAACUGUGAUUAAA